AUGAAGUCCUCCACACCCCCUCCUUACUUCUCAUCAGAGUUGUCGAAUUCGACUCCGGAGCAGGAUGAACACGAAUAUCCUAUUGUUAUCUCAACGAGCCUUUUUAGAAAUUUACGAUUAAUAUACUCACAUGAAUUUCAACCUGUCUGCAAGUGGAGGUGUUUCUGCGGAACGACAAAAUUACGGUUCUUAAUUGUAUUUUUACGGCAUCUUCAAGGUUUGAUGUUGAUCUUUGAAGCAGAACAAACUGGCAGUUGUAGAUUUCUAUACGCAGAGAGAACAGAAAUCUUCAAGACGCAAUUCGCGGCGAAGUGGAUAUUUCACACGGAAGAUUUUUAUUAACGACAUCAAACGCGGAUAUAUCCACUCGAUUUUGAUUACAGCGGGCUAGAUCUAAACUAAAAUUGAAAAAUUCUAAAUAUUGAAAGAUGAAUGUGAAAAUAUUUAUAUAUAAUGACGUUUACGGCACGCGUUUAAGCACCAACAUGGAUUGAUGUCGGAUGAACACCAUAUCGAUAUACAGGAUAAUUAGUGUCUAGUAGCUGUAGAGACCGUACGUACGCGUGAAACAAAGAAGGGCAAUAUAGAUAUGACUUUCCGGCGGCCUCAGAGCUUUGGAAGCAAAAAAGUAACGAACAUGUGAAUAUCAUAGACCGGGUUUUGUAUGUAGUAACGUGUAUGCUUUUUGUAGUCGAUGUGAAUGGACGAAUGAUACAUGUAAGUCCUAGAAGAUAUUCUUAGUCGUUUUCGAUUCAAGUCUUUCUUUUGAAAUGUACACGACGGUCCUUCUUAUUUCUAGGAUCCUGUAUAGUAGCAUCUAGUUUUGUCCUCUUUUGAUCAUGUUUCAUCUGAAUCUUGUGGAGUCUUCUGUGGAUCCCACCACGACCUGGAAGACGAACUAUGACAUGUUGUGCAUCUUCAAAUUAGUAGAAUUUCGAUGUAAACUAUAGCGAUUUGGUGGACUGAAUCGAAGUAUUGCAUUUGCAUAGGCACAUCCAUUGUCAUCUUGUUGUUUCAU